UGAUCAAUGGGGAAGUACUGCAUUUGAGAGAAAAGCUCCAUUUCCGGCCUCGCUUCAGAAUCGGAAUACAAUUCGACGCACUCAGGGAAGAAAAUGGUGAACAAGCUGAGUAUGAAAUCAAGUUGUAGCAGCAUUUACUCUUUAAACUUGAAGGUAUUUUGGAGAUGCUCGGUUUGAACAACUCACUUGGUCCAAGUAAGUAUAUCUCAAAUUCGCGUAGAAUUAUUAUGCAUGAUGAUCUAGGGGAAAGAUUUUACCUUAGCCUUGAUAAGUCCUAAAUCCAUUUCACCUUAGUGUUUUCCUUGGUCUUUUCUGAAGUAAUUUAGUAUUAGUCGAUUUCUUACACCCAUUUUAUAGGGUCUUGGUGAGGCUUUCCAUUGAGUUUUCUCCUCUUGUUUUAUUUGGCGCCGUGUGCUCGAUGAGGAUACUUGGGGUUUCACUCUCCUUCCUCUUCUCUUUUUUUUUUCUUCUUGAUCUUGAGAGCCAUGCACUCGUUCAUGUAAUGUCCUCUCCCCUUGCAUCCAAAACAUACAAUCUCAUUUUUGGAUCUUUCUUUUCUAUUGGAGGUUUUAUGUUUCAAAUCAUCCUCUUCACUCCAGAUGCACUCAUUGCGAUGAUUGAGUUUGUCGAGACCCCUAAUGUAACUCAAUGACUUUUCUCCACAUAUCCCUUGCAAUUCCUUUUUUUCUCCAAUUUCUCCAAUGGCAAUUUAUCCAUCAAGGUGCUCCAUGCUUUUCCAUUUUAUUUGCCAUGAUUCUCGGCCCACUUUCUCUUUUCAAUGAUGUUUCUAUUCAUCCAAGAUCUAUUUGAAUCAUUUUCCAAGUGUCAUCGUCGUAUCAAAAUCAUCCACAGACAAAGUCUCCAUCAAAUGUGGAUAGAUGAUAGUAAUUUCAUUGAUUGUUGAUGUUGAUUGUUACUUGUUAAAUGUUAGUUUAAAUCAUUGAGCACUUGAAAUGUUAUGGUCUGGCUAGAGAGGGUAAGUAGGUGAUGAUUGAUUUUCUUUUGUUUCUUGCAAUUUAAAACCUCAAAUGCAAUUGUUAGCUAACAAGUUUGGAUGUGAGAUGAUCAAAAUGAUAUACCCUGUACGCCCACUGUGGGCUAUCACGGUGGACAAUUUUCACAGGGGUGCCCGGACCAUAUUUAGUUGCAAGAGACUAUUUUUGAGACUUGAACUCAUGACAUCUAGGUCCCACGAUAACAAUUUUAUUAUUGUGUCAAGCUCUCCUUCACAAUAAUAAGUGAAUAUAACAUUGUUUAAUACCCUAAUCCUACUACAUGGCCAAUGUGUCACCCCUAAAAAUCCACUAAGUGACCCCUUUGAAUGGGACAAUGAGGUAAGUCUAUAAGGAUUAAUGAGAACUCUCACAAUGAUGAGUCGUGAAGCACUCGGUAUAACCCUCAACAAGAGUUGUCACUGGUUGAGAUAAUCCUUGAUCUAGAAUCAACACUAGAUUAAGAAACUCUUGGGUAGAACAUCACCUAGUCAUGCUCACUUGUGGUGACCUACCAAGGUUCGAACUAGUGUCGUUUGAUAGAGACCUUUUAUCCAACUUUUACAAUGCAAUGCAAAUGCUUCUACAUUCCCUCUAGAAGCAAACAACCUCUUAGAAACUCAAACUCACCCUAAAGACAAAGAUACAAUGUUAUGUUAAAAGAGAAGUACCAAAAGAGCUUCAAGUCCAAAGAUUGAAACAUUGUCUAAGCUUCCAGAGCCACUUAGUGCUUCCUUUGGCAUUAAUUGUUUGAGAGAAAAAUGACAAUGAUUGUGAAUGUUUUUCAUAGGAGUAUUUCGUGCCAAAGAAAUCACCGACAAAGUUUUUUGGUUAUGUUUAUUUGGAGGUGUGGAUUGAGGAAGGAAAGGAAUUAAAAGUGAAAAAAAAAAAUCCUUAAGGAAAACAAAGACGGGAAAAAGAAAAGGAAAGAAUCCUACAAAAGAAAGGGAGAGGAAAGGGAAACCAAACACAAAUAUGGAAAGUAGAAAAAGUUGAGCUGUGAGUGGAGUUAUUGACGAUGGCAUGCAAGGUUAGUCUUGCUCGCGAGUGAGGCUACCCACGGCUCGUGGUCGCAUGGGGUGGUCGUCCCUGUGACUCGCAAUUGUGCAAGGUCACCCGCAGCUCACAACUGCCCGAGGCGGCCGUGCAAGGCUGCCCACACAAGGCCGUGUGAAGCGCCUACGCACGUUCGCACGAGACAACCGUGUAGGGCUGCCCGUGGCUAAGAUGGUUGAGGGUAGAAAUGUGAUUGGGAAAGAAAGUUGAGUUCCAACUGAUAAAAAAAUAUUAAAUACUGAAAUAAAUAAUCUAUUCUUUACCUGAGAAAGUUUCAGUAUUUCACGUAUUUAAUUUUCAUAAUUCAAUUAUGUAUUACAUUUCCAUUAUAUCCUCUUCCUUUUUUCAUAAAAUGACUAAUAUAUUUUAAAAUUCUCAAUCUGGGACUAAAAUUUUUUUCCUCUUUCUUUUUACCUCUUUUUCCAUUCACAUUUCUAACAAAAUGUUUAAAUCUUUCUCAAUCAGUUCAAGAAUUCAUUACUUUUAAUUUCAAUUAUCAAAUUCAAAUCCGAAGACUUGGAUACAUGACUUGUAAAAGUUAUAAAUUUUAUUAAGUCUUUUAUGGGUUAAAAAAUUUACUACAUCGAAUUCAGGCCGAGGCAUUGAUACAUUAGUAAGGCGUUAUUCAACAAUUAAAAAUUUAAUAUUCCUAAGGGCCCAUUGAUGAUACUAAUUAGUGAGUAUAAUUGUCCAAUUUAUAAGUUUAAAACUGUGAUGUUCUGAGCUUUGAAAAUUUUUUCCUAAAAUAAAAUAAAAAAUCAUCUCCCGAAGUAAAUACCAGAGGACUUUAUUCUACCUCUUUCGGGUCGAUUCUGGGACGAAUUGACGAGCACGAGGACGAACACGAACGUAUUCGUCUUUUGCGAGGACUUUAUUAUAACUCUUAUAUUGAUCAAUUUUAGCACUUAUAUUGACCCGAGGAACGACACACCAGUCAGUAGUCACCACCACCGCCGCCAUCAUCGACAUCGAUGGCGGGCAAACCAAGGAAGGCCUCCAAUCUCCUCCUCCUCGGCCCAUCAAUGAGGGACUUCGCUUCCUGCUUCGGCAACCACGCCAUCAAGGUCUCCGACGGCGGCAGCACCGGCUCCAGCAGCGGAAGCAACUCUUCCGUCGUCGCUGACCGCGCCGGCUCCGGCCUCAGCGCCGUCACCUGCUUCUAUCGCGCCAGGCUCUCCGCCCCCAAGGAUGUCCUUCUCCGUGUCACCUGGUCCAAGGCUAACGCCGCCCCCUUACUCUCCCUCGCCGUCGUCGACGACGACGGCCCCCGCUCGGCCCUACCGUGGGAGAUCAAUGCCUUUGAUUCCCAGUCGAUGACCGAGAAGCGAGGCGCCCGCUCUUAUAUCUCCGGUUGCUGCGCCAUCUGCCUCCACUGGGACAUCUCCGCCGCUCGAUACGAGUCGGGCCCUGAGCCGGUCGACGGGUUCUACGUCGUCGUCGUCGUGGAGUCGGAGCUCGCGCUGUUGCUCGGCGAUUUGAGUAGGGAUUUCGUCAACAAGUUGGAGGGCGCACUUCCGCUCGCGCAGUGUUCGACGAUUUGCCGCAGAGAGCAAGUCCUCGGCCACGCGCACCACUCCACCCGGGCGCGCUUCCGCGACGCCGGCUCCGACCACGAAAUCACCAUUCGUUGCAAGGGGCACGGGCGGGACGCCAAAGACUCGGAGUUGUCGGUGUCCGUCGACAAGAAGCUGGUGGUGCACGUGCGGAGCCUCCGGUGGAACUUCAGAGGGAACCAGACCAUCUUCAUCGACGGAUCGCCGGUGGACAUGAUGUGGGACGUCCACCACUGGUGGUUCAUGUUCCGGACGAGGAGCACGCUGGAGAGCAGGUUGUGGCUGGAGGAGGAGGCCCUCAACGCGGAGCAGGGAACGUCGGGGUUCUCCCUGGUGAUCCAAGCCUUCAGGAGCCCAUGAGGUUUGUUGUUUAUCAUAUGAUCUGCCAUCCAAACAAAAAAAAAAAAAUAGAGGUUUUUUUUACGUCCUCUGUUUCAUUCUGUUGUCUUCUGAUCAGAUCAGAGCAAUUAGUGAUUUGUUUAGGGAAUAAGAUUCUUCAAAAAGCCAAGUUGCAGAACUUUGAGUAACUUUGUCUCACCGGUUUAUCAUAGAAAUGUUUUCACAAGUCUACUACCACACCACACUUGUAGAUAUUAAAUAGUUGAUAUGGGGAUUUGCAAAGACUAGUGCUUGGUAAACUUGUUAUCAUAUUUUAAGAAAGAGUUGGAUUUUUCUUUUAA